GCGCUUUCAAAUUUCUUGCUAUUCUCGUUUUCGCCUGCUUCUCCGAUGCACUAGAUGGCGCUGUACUGUCAAAUGUCAACACGUGAGCUUGCCAUACCGGAAAUUAUCGCAAACAUGGCGUCCGGCAGUGGGUCGAGUAAGAAUGAGUUCCGUCGGAAGUGGGACAAAGACGAGUAUGAGAACCUUGCGCAGAAGCGUCUCGCUGAGGAGCGGGAAAAGGAGAGCAGAGAUGGGAAAAUCGUGCCGCCGGUUAAGCGGGAGAAUCUGCGGCACCGAGACUACAAAGUGGACCUGGAGUCCAAACUGGGGAAGACCAUCGUCAUCACCAAGACGACGCCCCAGGCUGAGAUGGGCGGCUACUACUGCAACGUGUGCGACUGCGUGGUGAAAGACUCCAUCAACUUCCUUGACCACAUCAACGGCAAGAAACAUCAGAGGAACCUCGGCAUGUCCAUGAGGGUCGAAAGGUCGUCCCUGGAUCAAGUGAAGAAACGCUUUGAGGUGAACAAGAAGAAAAUGGAAGAGAAGCAGAAAGAGUACGACUUUGAGGAGCGCAUGAAGGAGCUGCGAGAAGAGGAGGAGAAGGCGAAGGCCUACAAGAAGGAGAAACAGAAAGAGAGGAAGCGUCGGGCGGAGGACGACGGCGACUUCGAGGACGACGACGAGAUGGCGGCUGUCAUGGGGUUCUCGGGCUUCGGGUCAUCUAAAAAGAGUCAUUGACGGCUCGGGUACGUCGCCGCUGUUGAGGCGGGGGGUGGGGGUGGGGGGGGCUGAAGGAGGCGCACGUGAGACGAAGGACGCACACAUGGCAGUUAGUCGUCUCCGUGAUGUUCAGAUUCCAAAUAGUUUCUAUUUCCUCGUUCCGCUGGUUUGACCCAUUUUUGUGUUUUUUCUUAUUUUGAAAGCAUUUUAGCGCAAAGCUGAACAGACUGUUCGUUUGCAGGUGAAGCUCCUCAUGUUUAACAGAAAUAGGCCAACAUUACAUAAAUUAUUGGAAUUAAUGACACUUUUAUUUUUGUCCUUCAUUGGAAGUCACUCUCACUAAGUCCCUUGUUCAUACAGUAUUUCUCUUCAUAAUGCUGCAAACAUGGAUGUCACUCAACACAAAAUCAUUUGUCAUCCAGAAACUCUUAUUUGCUGUAUAUUGUCUUGUUUUCUUCUGCUUCAAACGUUUUUUUUAAUAUUAAUAAAUGAGAUUUUUUUUUUUUAAAUCAGUUGUUGACUGAAUGACAUGACUUGUUAAUACAGUACUUUUUAACUUGGCAAGAAAUUUCCAUCAAUCACAAUUUUACAAGAGUGUGACUUGGCAAUUGCUACUUGAGUCCAGAAAAUAAGACUAGAUCAGGGGUGUCAAGCUUGUUUUUGUCGCGGGCCACGUUGUGGUUACGGUUUCCCUCGGAGGGCCGUUAUGACUGUGACAUCAUAAAAAAAUCUUUCACCGCCUAAUCAUGUUUACGCGUGGAAUUUAUGAAAUGCGUUUGGAAUCAGAAAUCAAGGCUAUGAGUUUUUCAACUGUUGUUGAUCUUUGGAAACGCAAAAAUGCUUGCUCUAUCUCAACGUUAUCAUUUAGGAUGUGAAAAUUGGAAAUUUUGGUCCAGAUUUGAGCAAAAAUCACAGAAGUUGAUGCACAUGAUUUGCCUUCGUGGACCACAUAAAAUCAAGCGGCAGGCCAGAUCUAGCCUCCGGGCCUGGAGUUUGACACCUGUGCUCUCGAUGACUACAAAUAAAUUAUUGAGCUAAGAAAUAAUUAGCGCAAAAAAGCGAUGCCGCACAUUUAUUUAAUGAAGCUGAACUCUUUAAAUGCCUAUGCUGGUUGUGCCUUUCUGUGUCAACAAAACAAAAAAAAGCAUUUGUCCCACCAUGUCAAAAGUCAUCUUUUUUUUUGACAAGUGACACACAAGACUCACAACACAAGUGCGAGGGCAAACGCCGGUCCGAGAUGACAUAAGUGCAAAAAAAAAAAAAAGUAAAUUCAGGUCAUCGCAUACUGUACCAUUUGGUUCUUGAGAUUUGCUUCUGAUUUCCUCUCACUUCAGGAUGUGGGUCUGACUCAAGUAAAAGUAGACCAACAUUUCA